AUGUUGUGCCUGAAGAUCUCGACAAAUGUGAGCCUCGAGGGCGUCGACACCUCCUCCAUCCUUUCCGAAGCCACCUCCACCGUUGCAGUUAUCAUCAACAAUCCUAAAUCUUUUGUGAAGAUUGUGUUAGAGGGAUCAAUACCCAAAUCAGUGAUAUCAUUUGGUGGGAGUGAGGCAUCAGCCUAUGUUGAGUUGGUGUCCACUGGCAACCAUAAUCCGGAUAGAAACAAUCGGCUAAGUGUUGCAAUUGCCUCAUUGUUUGAUAGGCAAUUGUCUGUACCCACAUCAAGGUUUUUCAUCAAAUUUUAUGAGACUAAGCAUGAGGAUCUUCUAAAUGUUCUCACAGUUUUUGAAGAUGUGGUCGUCAAUGAGCAGCAUCCUUUGCAAGAGUUGUCAAUUCCCCUCAGACACAACACUCAUGAGUCGCCUGCUCGAGGGGAGUUUGAAAUUGGGAAUGAGUCAAAUGAAGAAUUAGCCACUAAGUCGUUGCAACAUCGAGUGGCAGAGGUGUCAAUUACCUCUAGAUGCAGCACUCGGCUAUGGGACAAGCCGUGUGCUCCCGCUCAAUUGGAAAUUGAGAAUGUGCCAAAUGAAGAAUCAACCACCCAGUCGUUGCAACAUCAUGUGGCAGAGGUGUCAAUUACCCCCUGA